UUUCACCUUUGACUGUGUUUGUUCGCAGCAGUAAUGGACGGAAGACAUGACCCACCUUGUAGCAGAGCAGGCCGUGACAGUUAACCGUUACCGUGGAGGCGGAAGGUGAACCGGAGCUGAAUGACCCUCUAACAGGUGUGAUGGCAGCCAAAGGCCUGAUGACGUGGCUCUAGCGGUGCAGCGCUGCCCUAGCCGGCACCAUGCAGCAGAAAGGUGCAAUCCAAAUUAUAGAAUGGGAGGACCUGGACAAGAGGAAGUUCUACUCCCUGGGUGUGUUCAUGACCUUGACCACCAGGGCCACCGUCUACCCGGCCAGUCUCAUCCGCACUCGGCUCCAGGUGCAAAAGGGAAAGGCGCUCUACUCCGGCACCUUUGACGCUUUCUGCAAGAUCCUGCGUAUGGAGGGGGUGCGGGGCCUCUACCGUGGCUUCAUGGUCAACACAUUCACUCUGGUCUCAGGACAGGCUUAUAUCACUACGUACGAACUGGUGCGUAAGUAUGUGUCCCAGUACUCACCCAGUAACACGGUGAAGUCGGUGGUGGCUGGAGGAUCCGCCUCCCUGGUGGCUCAGACCAUCACUGUGCCCAUAGACGUGGUGUCCCAGCACCUGAUGAUGCAAGGACAGGGGGAACACCUGACUCGCUUCAAGGCCAAACCCAAAAUGAUGCUGGCAACGACAAAGCGCAGACUGACUUUCGGGCAAACCCGUGACAUUACGGUGCAGAUAUUCGCAGCCGAUGGUUUCAGGGGAUUUUAUAGGGGCUACGUGGCAUCGCUACUCACGUACAUCCCGAACAGCGCACUAUGGUGGCCUUUUUAUCACUUUUAUGCAGAGCAGUUGUCGUUGAUGGCACCAAGUACGUGCCCCCAUCUGAUUCUGCAGGCUCUGGCAGGACCAAUGGCAGCAGCAACCGCCUCCACCAUCACCAACCCCAUGGAUGUUGUUCGAGCAAGAGUACAGGUGGAGGGACGAUCGUCUGUCAUUGAAACGUUCAAGCAGCUGCUGGCAGAGGAGGGCGUCUGGGCGAUGACCAAGGGGCUGUCAGCCCGCAUCAUUUCCUCCACACCCACGUCAGUGCUCAUCGUGGUGGGAUACGAGACACUGAAGAGACUGAGCCUGCGAGCUGAGCUUGUAGAGACCAGACACUGGUAAAACGCCAGAGAGAACCAGGACAACCUCGUACUGUGCGUCACCUCCGCACAGCCCGGCAGGAACUUUUCACACAGGAGACAUCGACCCAGAUCCAUGACCAGAUCAGCCUUGGGGUAACUGCUCACCUGUUUAAGCUGUGUCCACACGCCUUGUUAGUUACAAGUGUUAUAAUCUUGCCAUUUUCUAUUUGUCAGACCCAUUUCCACUGGCCCCUUUUCUUCUUGUUCUGCUAAACUGUUACUGUGAAAUAUGACGAUAUGAGUGAAAACAAUGUGCUGCAUUUAGCCAAAAAUCUCCAUCUUAAGCAAAAACAUGACAAAUCUUAAAAUUUGACAGAUGACUGAAGAACAUAGCCUCGUAAAGGACAGAUUUUUUUGAUUAACGCCUCCUGUAUUGUAUAUUUUAACAAUAUGAAAUCACUGCCCCAGUGUACUUUCACCUGGAUAUGUGGCAGGUCACUGUUUGUUUUUUUACUGUGUCAUACUUUAACUGCACCGAGGCAGCUUCAGCUCGUGAACACUCAACGCACGUUUUGAUUUCACGAUCCAGCCGGGUUCAGUUUUUUUUAAAUAGAGCGACUCUGCCUGUAUGUAUUUUAAUAGUUUUCAAUGUGCCAUAAUCUUCAGACACGAAUGCCUUCUUUGUCUAAUUGAACACUUGAGGAGCAGGAAAGCUUGAUGUCUGUGUGCAUUCCAGUGAAAAGAAAAUUUAGCACAAGUUGUGAAACAUCUGCAAAGAAUCUCACGUUCGCUUCGGCCUAAUUGAAGAGAGAAUAAAAUGUAUUAUCUAAGUAUAGCAAUGCUGUUGAAUUGUACACAAGAAAUUAGCAAAUCUUCAAAGAGUGAAAAUUAAACUAGACUUCUGAAAGAAUAUUUAACAACUUGUUUGAUGUUCUGCUUACUCACAGGACAACAAACAUUACAUUUAGUCUUUGUGAAAACAGGCCUGAGUUUGUGCACUUAAAGGCUUUCUGUAAUGAGUGUGUAGCUGUGUCACAUGAUUUAUUCACCAUCAGUCGUGGAGUCAGUGGUGCAGGUUUAAUGAUGAACUCUUAUUAUGGUGUGUUGAUCAGGUGGGUGUUUCUGCUUCUUUUUGUUCCCGUUUGUGUAAAUGGACUGUACAAAACAAAGUGGAGCUUGAAGCAGAAGGUGUAAAUUUAACGUUACAGGCCUUAGACCACAUUAAAGAGGUGGGAAUUUUCCCCAUGGGGCACUUCUACUGUUGAUAAUCUUGUACAUUAUUUAUACUAUUCAGAUGACAGAGGAUCUAAUCUGCAACUGAAACUUCAACCACUGGGCGGUUGGGUUUGGUUACAGCUACCACAGAAAGAGUAAAGGCAGCAGCACCACACCCGUAGACAAAACUAAACUCCAAAGUUGCCUUCAGAUUUCACCAGCCACCUAAUGGGAUAGUUAAAUUUUUUUGUAGUGGGGCCCUUAAUCAUAGUUGAUGUAUCACCUACAGUAGAUGACGGUGGUCACGCCCCCAGUUGGGAGAAGCAGGCAGGAGUACAGACACGGAAAAUAAGCAAUGCUCUGCUGUGGACAGGGCAGCAACAAAACGCAUUUUAAGGCUCGGAUGCACCAAACCAACUUCAGAGAACCAGCAGUGACGAAGGCCCCCUGCUUUGUCACCUGAUGUUGCCAUGUCUCAGCACAUGAACACACUGCUAGUUAGCCAGUCAGCACAUUAACAACACUUCCGGUGUGGAAAGAACAAAGCAUAUUUACAGUGCACCAGGGAACAAUAACACGAACCAUCAUGAAACUUUCUGCUAAAGAACUUGGGCUCAAGAAAAAUAAUCAUGCCUAAAAUAAGUUUGUUUCAGUCACACUCCCUCUUGACUUUAGCCCAUUGUUUACUUUCCUCACUUCUGUUUCUCUUCUUGUGCACUGUGCUAAACUGCCAAUCAGAAUACUCCUUUUGCAGACAGACUCCACUGCCGACAUGCUAAAUCAGCCAAGAAAAAAAGCUGACUUGGGGCCAAUGAGAGGCAACGAUGCAGGACACACCGCAUCAACGAGGGCAGCAGACACUCGCUUGGUGUGUCAGAGCCGUCAUCACUGUUUUUGUCAAUGGAGUCUGGCUUUGAAGAGGGCAAAAUAACGGCUUCAGUUCCCUGUUGGAGAGGGCCGCCUGUCAGUGGGUAAAGCAGUGAAAAUAUUCAAAAUAUAGUGCACACAUUUCGCUGCUGCCCCUCUACAGCAGUACAUUGCUUAGCUUCUGUAUCAGUACUCCUGCCUGCUUCUCCAAACUGGGGCCAUGCUGACUGCCAUCUAAUGUAUGUAACACACCAAUUAUGGAUAAGUACCUCAUACAGCCCCACUUCAAAAACUUCAAACUAUUCUUUUAAUGAGUGUGAGGUACAGCAACAAGGCCGUGUUUAGAGAUGAUUAUCACUGCCAGAACACACACCUCAGUGAGGUUUGAUUCGCUUCUCUUUCUUAUCUAAAUGCAAACCACAGUCUUCAGUCUACAACACAAUGUAUGAUGAUAUGAAUGAUCGACCCCAGUAUCUGAAGUGAUGUAAUUGAUUUCUGAAAAGCAAAUUUAAUGGACUUUUGCCUGUAAGGAGGAAGUGCUACAUGUAUAUUAUCAGAGACUUGUUAAGAGUAGUUUGAUGUGUUGGGAGACUUUGUGGACCUUUGAUGAAAAGUAAUAAAGAAUUCUGAAUCACUGCA